AUGAUCGUGCAGAUCAAUGCCGCGUGCCGUGGUGAAAAGGAAGGCACAACAACAACAACACCCUGGUCCCUGAAGCCCAAGGACACGGUCGAGCCCCACGAGCCCCAAACCCAGAAGUGUGGGACAAGAAUUCCCCACUCUGUGGAGAGUUUUACCGACAGAAUGUUCCCGCUCCUGGUUCCGUCCGGAGGUAGUAUUUCCGGCUUUUUGAUUGGCUUCCAAGGUACCGGAUUCCCAGGUGUUCAAUGCAAAUCCCUGGAUUCGAGAUACAACGACGAUGAAGACGCUGGCUCAAUCUUCGGAGACUCUUCCCGAAUGUCCUUGGAUAGCGACCUGAAGCACUACCGGCUUGAGAACGAUAGAAGGUAUCACACCUACCGCGAUGGUGAGUACUGGAUUCCUCAUGACGAUGAAGCUCUACGACUCGACCUAUAUGCGCAUCAUAUGUUUAUCCUGACGCUCAACAACAAGCUAUUCCUCGCACCGAUAAACAAUCCAAAGCGAGUCAUGGACGUGGGCACCGGCAUUGGGAUAUGGGCAUCGGACGUCGCCGACAAGUUUCCGGAAGCAGAAGUGAUUGGGACCGAUCUUUCCCCAACCUUCAGGGCAACUCCGGCCCCAAAUCUCCUGUUCGAGAUCGACGACUGCUGCAGCGAGUGGAUCUACCCUCCUAACCACUUCGACUACGUCCACGUCCGAUUCCUAUACGCUAGCAUUGCCGACUGGCCCGCCUUCUACAAAGAAUGCUUCGACCAUAUCGCCCCUGGUGGCUACAUCGAACACAGCGAACCCCGCCCAGCUUUACUAUCGGAUGACGGUUCCAUCGCUCCAGGCGACAUAAUGCAUCAGUGCUCAGACCUCGCCAAAGAAGCCAGCCAUAAUUUUGGGAAGAAUAUCAUGAUAGCGCCACACAUCAAGACUAUGAUUGAGGAGGCGGGCUUCGUCAACGUAGUGGAGAAGCAAUACAAGUGGCCUAUUGGUGAAUGGCCUGUUGAUCGCAAAUUGAAGGAUAUCGGACGCUGGAAUAUGCAGCAUUGGCUUGAGGGAUUAGAUGCUUGGACGUUACGGCUGUUGACGCAGUACUGUGGGUGGACGUCUGAUGAAGUCAAGGCGUGGACGGCGCGAAUGCGCACUUCCCUUGUGGAUCCAAAGCAUCAUGCUUAUCAAACGAUAAACGUUGUAUACGCUCGCAAACCGUUAUGA